CACUCCAUCAACUACACAUUCGGUGGAAAAGUAUAGGUUUCGGUUAAAAGGGCGAAAUCCCCUUUUCAUUUCGCCAGUAAUCUAUUUUUUUGAUAGAAAAUAACUUGCGCGCUUUGUUGCGGUGGCAAUUGGCUUUGAUAUUCUCAAGAUUGAGGAAAGGAAGGUUUUGGUAUAAGUGUCGGCAUGCCUGACGCAGUUCGACAAGAUGCAGCGGAGCAGAAAUCAGGUACCAACAGGGUUCAAGCCUAUGCUAAACUAGAAUUUGAUAAGUUUUCUUUCUUUGUUCAGACCCUGCAAGUUACAAUGGGUCGAAAAGCCAGUAAUUCUAGUGAUUGCGAUGUACAUCUGGGAGACACGAAAGCCAUCUCUCGUCAGCAUGCUAAAAUUGCAUAUAGUUUUCCCAACCAGAGGUUUGAAUUAUCUGUCAUCGGGAAGAACGGUGCUUUUGUUGAUGGCGAAUUCGUCGAACGCGGGUCCACCGUCCCACUGCAUAGUGGAACUCGCGUUCAAAUUGGACAAAUUUCUUUUUCGUUUUUACUUCCAGAAGGGCUACAAAAACAGGAGCAAAGAAAAUCUGAAGCUGCCGCCCCUGGCUCACAUAGGAUGAACACGACCGUAGCUCCGGUGAUCGAACCAAAACCGUCCAUUGACCAAAAUCAAGAUUCCUUAUAUACUUCUGUAAAGGAAGAAGUUGAACUGGAUUCUACUAAAUUGUCUCCUCCCCCUCUUAUGACCACCGAGCCUGCACCAGCAAAUUUAUUUGAGCAUCCUGGUGCAAUUGAUCCUCAUCCAUUAGAAUCUCUCUCCUUCUCUUCCGAAUACAAACCACAGACUGUGUCUCCUCAAUUUAUUCAGCGUCAGUCAUCAAACGCUUUUUCGUCGGUACCAUCUGCUAACCCUGAAACUUUACGAAAUCUCUCUGAGACUCCUCCUACUAGUUCCAUUCCCACAAAACAUGGUUCUGUUGAUCAAGAAUCGAAUCAUCCUUCGACAUCAUUGCCUUUGCAUCCAGGUUUGGAAUCAAGUCAACCACAAAAUUAUGGUGAUAUCUACCAAAAACCUAACCUUUCUUACGCAAAUUUGAUUGCACGUACCCUUAUUGCCAAUUCUAACAAGAAGUUGACAUUAGGCGAUAUUUGCGAGUGGAUUUCCAAUACAUGGCCCUAUUAUCGAUAUCAACCACCAGCGUGGCACAAUUCCAUUAGGCAUAAUUUAUCUCUGAAUAAAGCAUUUAUACGAAUUCCAAGGAGGCAAAAUGAGUCCGGAAAAGGAUCAUUUUGGAUUUUGGAUCCCUCUUAUAUUGAUCAGUUCGAAGGGAAUAUGUUUCGGAAAACUAAGAAACCUGCAUCUACUCCUACAGGAGCUGCAUCUUUUGAGCAUGAGAAUAUUGAACCCUAUCGAAGUGAUGGUACUGCAGGCGGUAAAAUCAGUUCUUCAAAGACUUCUGACUCUUCUCAACGAGCAUCUAUCGCAAAGGACAAUGGAUCAGCAACCAAAGAAGAAAAACCAUCAUUAUUACAGUCUGGCAUCCAACCAAUUAUUAUGCUAAAUGGAAAAUUAGCCUUGAACCCUGAAUUUUUCCGGAACUCAAAUGGUGAACAGCAAGCACCGAACGAGCAGGCCGUGCAUGCAAUUUCACUUUUACAAGAUCACAUUAAUCGACAAUUGGGACCGGCUGCUGUGAACAACCCAGCACAGGCCACUGCAAUAGCAAAUGCAUUAGCCGUCGCCCUAGCCAAAAAGCUGCAAAAGCAACAGUUACCAACCCCGACUGCUCCACAACAGGAUAUGAGUCAGCAAACUAAGAGAAGGAAAGCGUCAGUUUCCGCUACUGUGAAUCAAAAUGCUAGCUCGACAGCAUCUUCCUCAUCCAUUCAACCAAACACUUCCUUUUUUCAUAUUCCCACACCACCGCCUUCCACUGUGACGUCUGUUCCUCCCCCGUAUGUACGACCGCCUGUACAUUCUCAAUCCAAAGACUCUCCUUAUGGCCGAACUAUAGAAGACCCAUUACCCCCCGGAGCAGUUACUGCAUCAACUGCAACUGCAAACUUGACUACUACCUUGCCAGGCUCUUCAGGACAAACAGGCAUUGUACCAAACACCUCUGUCUUGACGUCGGAUCGGCCUCUGUAUGUAGCAUCUCAUGAAUCGAGUGGAGAGAAGCGGCCAAGUUUUACGAUGUCCUCAUAUACUGCCUAUUCACCCAGUAGAGGAGCACAAGAAAGUUCCUUUCAUACAACACCUAGUCUGCAUUCGGAGCAUGGAGGAGAGAGCGAAGGGGGAGGAUCGGAAAGUCACCAAGAUGCAAUGCAUUCAACAGGGGAUGUUCUCCGAGGAGUGAAACGACAAUUUGAUGAAGCACCGUCUUCAUUUACCUGACUAUGAAUUCUUGAUCAUGCAUUGGACCUUUGUUUUUUUUCUUUUUCCGAAUGGGAUUCAUCCAAAGUUGUAAUGAAUGAUGAAAAUGAUAACGAUUCUACCAGCAGUGGCUCUUCCUAUUACUUGGCAUCCAGGAUUGUCGAUUGUUGAUAUGUGAAUAUACGUUGUCUUUAUCUUAAUGUUUCCGAUUUUAAUAUUUCUAUCUUAAUUCACUAUACCACUAACCUAACAUUUUACCCACCCAUAUUCCCUCCUUUUGAACGCACUUAAGAUUAGCAGUGUUUUCUAAAGGGUAUUUUAAUGGCCCACAAUCUUGCUUUCUUGUGUGUUCUUCAAAAUCUCUUGGACCGUUAGUUAUUUCAUGCGUUUGUAUAUAAUAAAAGUCAGUUACUACUCAUGAAAAGCAAUUUCAC